AUGAGUUUCGGCGGUGGAAGAGAUCAUCAAUUUAACAGAAACAACAUGGGCAGCACUCAUGGUGACUUCCGUGGUAGCAGAGGUUCUGACAGAAACAGCUACAACAGAGGUAAUGACUUCCGCGGUGGCCGUAGCUUUGGUCGUGGUCCAUCUCGUGAUACCAGAGUUGAUUUGGUCGCUCCAAACUGGGACGAAGAACUACCAAAUUUGCCAGUUUUCGAAAAGAAUUUUUACCAAGAACAUCCAGAUGUUGCUCAAAUGAGUGAAAGUGAAGUUAUCGAAUUUAGAAAGGAAAACGAAAUGACCAUUUCUGGUCAUGACGUUCCAAAACCUAUCAGAAGUUUUGAUGAAGCUGGUUUCCCAUCUUAUGUCUUGGAUGAAGUUAAGCAAGAAGGUUUCGCCAAACCAACUGGUAUUCAAUGCCAAGGUUGGCCUAUGGCUUUGUCUGGUAGAGAUAUGAUUGGUGUCGCUGCGACCGGUUCCGGUAAGACCUUAUCAUACUGUUUACCAGGUAUCGUUCAUAUUAAUGCUCAACCUUUGCUAUCUCCAGGUGAUGGUCCAAUUGUUUUGGUAUUGGCUCCAACCAGAGAAUUAGCUGUUCAAAUUCAAAAAGAAUGUUCCAAAUUUGGUGCUUCCUCUAGAAUUAGAAACACUUGUGUCUAUGGUGGUGUUCCAAAGUCUCAACAAAUCAGAGAUUUACAGAGAGGUGUAGAAAUCCUGAUUGCUACUCCAGGUAGAUUGAUUGACAUGUUGGAAAUUGGUAAGACAAACUUGAAAAGAGUCACUUACCUUGUCUUGGAUGAAGCUGAUAGAAUGUUGGAUAUGGGUUUCGAACCUCAAAUCAGAAAAAUUGUCGAUCAAAUUAGACCUGAUAGACAAACUUUGAUGUGGUCCGCUACUUGGCCAAAGGAAGUUAAACAAUUGGCAAGUGACUAUUUGCAUGAUCCAAUUCAAGUUCAAAUUGGUUCUUUGGAAUUGUCUGCAUCCCACACAAUCACUCAGAUCGUCGAAGUCCUUACUGAUUUCGAAAAGAGAGAUAGAUUGGCCAAGCAUUUGGAAACCGCUUCUCAAGAUCAAGACUCCAAGAUCAUCAUUUUUGCUUCCACUAAGAGAACUUGUGAUGAGAUCACUUCUUAUUUGAGAACUGAAGGCUGGCCAGCUUUGGCCAUUCACGGUGACAAGGCUCAGAACGAGCGUGAUUGGGUUUUGGCUGAGUUUAGGUCCGGUAGAUCUCCUAUCAUGGUAGCAACUGAUGUUGCUGCUAGAGGUAUUGACGUCAAGGGUAUUAAUUACGUUAUCAAUUACGAUAUGCCAGGCAACAUCGAAGAUUAUGUGCAUAGAAUUGGUAGAACUGGUAGAGCCGGUUCUACUGGUACUGCCAUCUCCUUCUUCACUGAAGGCAAUAAAUCUCUGGGUGCUGCUUUGAUCAAGAUUAUGAGAGAAGCUAAACAAGAUAUUCCAGAAGAACUAAGAAGAUACGACAGGGGUCAAUACGGCCAACAUCCAAGAUAUGGUGGCGGCCGUGGUGGUCGUGGCUUUGGUGGUGGCCGUGGUGGCCGUGGCUUUGGUGGCCGUGGUGAUGGUGGUUACGGUGGUGGUGGUUACGGUGGUGGCCGUGGCGGCUUCGGUGGAAACAGAUCCAGAGACCAAGGCUGGAGACGUUAG